ACACGCCCGCCGCCAUGCCGGCCAUCGCCCAACGCCCUCAGUCGGCCUAUGGCCCUCCCAGGUCGUCGGUCGAGUCCGACAGCGGCAGCGAACGAUUCACAUCCGCCCUCGAAAGGAGAGCCAGUUUCCAACCCCAAUCCGGCCUCAAGCCACCCGGUCAGAAUAGGCAACCGAGCUGGGAAAAGAUGCCCAAAGACGGGUCUGUACAAAGGGCUGCUGGUGAGGUCACCGGCCUCAAAGACUACAAGCUCGCAGNNCAACUGGGUGACUGCCUCGGCAAGGGUGCCUUUGGCAGUGUAUACCGCGCUUUGAACUGGGGUACCGGCGAAACUGUUGCUAUCAAGCAAGUCAAAUUGGCAGAUCUGCCAAAAGGCCAGUCUCGCGCUAUUAUGAUGGAAAUUGAUCUGCUCAAGAACCUUAAUCACCCAAACAUUGUCAAGUACAAUGGCUUUGUCAAGUCUACUGAAUCGCUGUACAUCAUUCUUGAGUGCGCCUGCCUGUCACCUCAAUUUUCAGACUUCUGCUUACAUACUCAGANNUAUUGCGAGAACGGUUCACUGCAUUCUAUCUGCAAAAACUUUGGCAAGUUUCCCGAAAACCUUGUUGCCCUGUACAUGACCCAGGUUCUCAACGGUCUGUUAUACCUUCACGAACAGGGUGUUAUCCACAGAGACAUCAAGGGAGCAAAUAUUCUUACCACCAAGGAAGGUCUAGUCAAACUGGCCGAUUUCGGUGUUGCGACGAGGAAGGACACUGGUCUACAUGAGAGCAGCGUAGUCGGCACACCUUACUGGAUGGCUCCCGAGGUCAUCGAAUUGUCUGGUGCGACUACCGCUUCGGACAUCUGGAGUCUUGGAUGUACUGUCAUUGAACUACUCGAUGGAAGACCUCCGUAUCAUAAGCUGCAGCCUAUGCCAGCCUUGUUCCGCAUCGUCAACGAUGACCAUCCACCGCUACCUGAAGGAGCUUCUCCGAAACUAUUGAAACACCCCUGGAUUCUCAGUGGUAGACGUUCCGACCAACCUGUCGCAAAACCUACACAAUACGACGAAGCAGUAAAGAGUGUUCAACAAUGGAACGAAGCACUCAAAUCGCCUCAAAAUACAUCCUCAAGGCGCUCCUCAUCUAGACCACUCUCUUUGAGCCCUGUACCUCCGAGACCCGAUGUUGGCUCUCAUCUGAGGACUCCUGGACUCAACAAAAGCGGCUUGGCAUUGGCACAUAGAGCAAACGAUACCAAACCUUAUGAAUCACCUGAAAGUGAUGCCAAAGACAAUUGGGACGAUGACUUUGCAACUUCUAUUGGCAAUGCAGCCUUGCAGCUGCCCCACUUGAAACCUCACGACAAUUUUGCUGGCAUGUUGUCGUCGGAUAAGCUAAAGCAAUAUGCUACUUUCGACAUGAACGCUGAGGAGGAGGAAGGCGAUAACUGGGACGACAACUUCGAAGGAGAUCUUACUGUGAGGAGUCCAAUGGAGGUGAUUCGAGGCGACCCUAUGGAGACUGUGCGACCAUUUUUCCCACCUAGGGCCAACACCUUCGACAUGAAGCAUACGGCACCUACAAGGAACCCCGGACAAACUACGCUGCGGCACGCACAAAGGGCUCUAGAGAAGGCUGAUAAGGACAACUCAUCGAGGACACAGAUUCUUCGCCCAAUGCACAAGUCGACAAGAUCCGAACCGAAACCUGCAGAUGCUCCUGUACGCCCCUCUUUGAUGUACCGAGAGAACUCGACUGAAGAUUACUCCGAUCUGCUUGGACCAGACAACGACUCGGUCUUCCGUCAAAAGCUUGCGGCGCUGACUAUCCGAAACGACGAUUCCUUCGCCCCGAAAUUGUUCCAUCCCUCUGACCUGAAGAGCCUACCUCGACCAAAUUCGCGUAUGGGUCAUAUGCGCCGACCAUCCCCUCAAAUCCAUGAUGCCGCCGCAAUGCGUAGAACACGUUCUGAAGUGGAGAUACAAAAGUAUGCUGAGGAUCCCGAGGACGAAGACUUCUCGGACAUCUUUGGCAAAGAAGACGGACAGCAGAUACCACCACCCGAGAGUGAGAGUGGCUCAGAGAUCGGAACUCUCAUGCUCAACUCGAAGCUAUCAACGAAUUCAUGGCUCGGAGAUGAAGAAGAUGAGGAUGACCCGUUCGCACAACUCGAAGAAGGCUUCGACGAAAUGGAUCUGGAAACCAAUAUUGCUCGAGACAAGUUCGCUCGCUUGGUAACCCUGGUCGAGGGUCUCGUUGGUUCACUCAAAGUCUCGCAACCUGAGGACUACCUACAAGAUAUUGUGGACCAACUCUUUCAAGUACUGUGGGAGUCUCCCGAGGUCAAGACUGUAGUUAUGUCGUCGCAUGGCAUGUUGCCCAUUCUAGAGAUUCUGGAAACAUGCAAUCGUCCAACGACCAUCCUAAGACUACUACAAGUUGUCAACUUGAUCAUCAUGGACAACGUCGAGAUACAAGAGAACCUUUGCUUCGUUGGUGGCAUACCAAUCAUCACAAGAUUUGCGCAANAAAGAUACAGCAGCGACAUCAGGUUGGAAGCUGCUGCGUUCGUCAGACAGAUGUAUCAGACCAGUACACUUACUCUACAGAUGUUUGUCAGCUGUGGUGGUCUGAAUGUUUUGGUUGAAUUCCUCGAGGAAGACUACGAAGCAGAGAGAGACCUCGUCCUGAUUGGAGUGAACGGUGUCUGGAGUGUGUUCGAAUUGCAAGGUCCAACACCGAAGAACGAUUUCUGUCGAAUUUUCUCACGCAGCUCAGUGUUGUAUCCGCUCUCUUUGGUGCUCAACCGAGUGCUGGACGAAGAAGGCGAACUUGCCGAGUUGGUCGAGGGACGCAUCGUCAACAUCUUCGUGUUGUUCUCACAAGCCGAGAAUCACGUCAAGGAGGCAGUGGCUGAUCGCAUGGUCUUAAAGUGUGUGUUGAAGGAUCUGAAACGCAUGUCUCCUCAACACCAAAUCACCAUGCUCAAGUUCAUCAAAAACUUGUCCAUGCUUGCAACCACACUCGAUGCUCUGCAGAACUCGAACGCGAUCGAGGUGUUGACUGACCUCCUCAACGCUAGUAUGAAGGUACCGCACUUCCGCGAGAUCUCGAACCAGGUUUUGAACAUCAUGUUACAAGAAGAGACUGCAAAGGUAGAGGAACAUCUCCUCAGAGAUGACAGCUUCUCUAAAGCAAUUAUCAACUGCUUCAACCACAGCAAAGCUGACAGCUUCGAAAACUUCCUUGAGCCUCUUCAGAAGCUUUUGCGCCUCAGUCCUCCCAUUGCCAGCUCUCUCAUACAUCCAGAUCUGUUCUUGCGCACAGCACAGAAACUUCGCACUAAGAAGGCCUUGGUACGUCUUAACUUGCUAAGAAUCAUUCGCAGCAUUUGCGACUCUAGUGAUGAAGACGGCGCACUCAUUCACACAUUCGGUUUGCACCCCAUCAUCGCCGAGACUGCUAAGUAUGACCCGGCUAUUCUGGUACGCGAGAUGGCUUCGGACCUGAUCAAAUCUUCCGAGUUGCACGUCUCUCGUGCUGUUCACAAUGCUCGUGUUGGCGAAGUCAACAACCGCCGCCAACUCCGGCGUUCGAGCUCUUCUACGAUGGUACCUACUGGCAAUUCGCUUCCCNCUACACCGACAACCGACCGCAUGCCAGGGCGUAUAGGUAGUUACUUCGAUCCCUCCGCCGACUUACAGCGUCCUUUCUCACGCGGUGCUACCGGCAUGGCGUCACCCUAUCGACCGAUCAGCCGGGACGGAGGUUCUGGCGGAUCAUCAACAGGCUGGAGUGCAUCAGGCUUCCUGGCAUCUCCGAGCGCCAUACCUCCAGUCCCUGGACUCGUCUCUCUCGACCGUGCCGGCGCCAAUAACAUCAACAACCUCGUCUCCAAGUCUCGUCUUCCUCGCACCAACCACACCCGCGGCACCUCGGGCGCGCGCAGCAAUGACAGAAGUGAAAACUUGACGCCCAAGAAUGCCGUUGCUCCAUCGCACAGUCAUGCUAGGACACCCAGUCGUCUCGGGCACCAGCAUCAGCUCUCUGCGCCGUCAGCGGCUAUAGGCAAUAUGAGACCUUCGCGAGGUAGACGCAUGACCAGCUCUGGCAGCAAUGGUGGUAUCGGAGGAAAC